UGGGAGUGAGGCGCCACGGAGCGUCCUUGGAAUCUCCGGUGUUACCGGGAUAAUCCCGAAUUCCGCCGUAGCCCGCUCUGCGAAGGCUGCGCGGCGCUGCCGUGUCCCCGGGGAGUGCGGUGGGAGCGGCGGAAGAGCCUCCCUGAGGCGGUGCGCUCCCCCCCUCAGUGCCGCGCUCCCCUCAGGGCCGCGCUCCCCUCAGGGCCGUGGGAAGGGGGCGGCGAGCAAGGCCGCGGCUUUUCUCCAUGGCUUCCGCAGUCGUGUGGCGCCGCGGGGCCGCCUGGCUGAGGAGCUGCCGAGGGAAGGUGCUGCAGCGCGGCGGCAGCCGGCAGCCCCCGGGCGUGCCGCGGGCCCGGGGCUGCGGCGGCUCCCGGGAGGUGGUGCCGACCUGCGAGCGCUACGCGGUGCGGCGGCUGCCCUUCGCCCGGCUGGCCGACGGCGAUGUGGCCUUCUUCGAGCGCCUCCUGCCCGGCAGGGUCGUCACCGGCGAGGAGGAGGUGAAGCCAUUUAACGUGGACUGGCUGAAGUCGGUGCGAGGCUGCAGCCAGCUGGUGUUGAAGCCCCAGACAACAGCAGAGGUGUCUCAGGUUCUCAGGUACUGCCAUGAGAAGAACCUGGCAGUGAACCCGCAGGGGGGCAACACGGGCCUUGUUGGCGGCAGCGUUCCUGUCUUUGAUGAGAUCAUUCUCUCCACUGCUCUCAUGAACCAGAUCAUCAGCUUUGACAGGGUGUCUGGAAUCCUUGUGUGCCAAGCAGGCUGUGUGUUGGAGAGGCUGGGUGAGUACUUGGAGGAGCAGGGGUUUAUCAUGCCACUCGACCUGGGAGCCAAAGGCAGCUGUCACAUCGGGGGCAACGUGGCCACCAAUGCCGGGGGCUUGCGGCUCUUGAGAUACGGCUCUCUGCGAGGGACCGUGCUGGGCCUGGAAGUGGUGCUGGCUGAUGGCUCAGCUCUGGACUGUCUGACCUCUCUGCGCAAGGAUAACACGGGCUAUGACCUGAAGCAGCUCUUCAUCGGAUCCGAGGGGACCUUGGGAGUUAUCACUGCUGUCUCCAUCCUCUGUCCUCAGAAGCCUAAGGCUCUGAAUGUGGCAUUCCUAGGGUGUCAGAGUUUUGCCAAGGUUCUGGAAACAUUCACAACCUGCAGAGCCAUGCUGGGCGAGAUCCUGUCUGCCUACGAGUUCAUGGAUGGGAAGUGCAUGGAAUUGGUUCAGACACAUCUCAAGUUGUCCAGCCCAGUGGCAGACAGCCCUUUUUAUGUUUUAAUUGAAACUUCGGGCUCCAACUCAACUCACGAUGAAGAAAAAUUGAACAACUUCCUAGAACGGGCCAUGGCUUCUGGUUUGGUCACUGAUGGAACUGUGGCAACGGACGAUAAGAAAAUAAAGGCGCUGUGGAGCCUGCGGGAGAGAAUCACCGAGGCCCUCACUCACGAGGGUUAUGUGUACAAGUACGACAUCUCCCUGCCCGUGGGAAAGCUCUAUGACCUCGUGACUGACAUGAGGGCUCGGCUGGGCCAGAGUGCCAAAAAUGUGGUGGGCUAUGGGCACCUGGGAGAUGGGAACUUGCACUUGAACAUCACAGCGGAGUCCUACAGCCAUUCCCUGCUGGAUGCCAUCGAGCCCUUCGUGUACGAGUGGACUGCAAGAUGCAGUGGGAGCAUCAGUGCAGAGCACGGGCUGGGCUUCAAGAAGAGGCAGUUCAUUCAGUACAGCAAGCCACGCGAGGCAGUGCUGCUCAUGCAGCAGUUCAAAGCCAUGCUGGACCCCAAAGGGAUCCUCAACCCCUACAAGACGCUGCCCUCGGCUCCCGAGAGGAGCACGUGCUGAGGAGCCAGCAGAGCAGGGCAGCUCCAGCUCUGUACCUGCACUUGGGCCAUGAGCACACUGGAUCAGCAAGCACGCCGAGUGCUCCGUGUUUGAUUUUGUUAGUGGAUGGAACAAGUAAAGCAAUGUGGUUGCUCUUUUUGGGGGUGCCUGCUCUUGCUGAAGAACACGCUGCUGGGUUUCCUACUUAGUCUGAACGUUGAAACCAAGCACGGAGAUAACUGUG